AUGGUUUUCUUCAGCUUCAAGAAAGUUAUUCUGCUUGCCAGUCUGGCCGCUACAAACGUUCGCGACGGGAUCGCGGAGAAUGUUUGUAGAUCAACGAGCAAAUGUCCUUCUUAUUACAUGAUUGGUGCUCGAGGUACUGGGGAGGGACCUAAUGGGUCACUAGCCUAUACGACACUCUACCAGAAGGUCUUGUCCGCUGUGCCUGGAGGCGCAAAAGAAGAACUCGACUACUCGACCAUCGUCGAAUACUCGACCACUGUUAAACAAGGAGCCCAAACGGAAGCGAGAUUUAUAAUCGAAACGCUGGCCAAGUGUCCGCAAACCCUCUUCGUUUUACUUGGUUAUUCAAAAGGAGCUAUGGUUCAAACACAAGCUCUCAACAUGAAGGAAAUCCCUCGAAAUAGAAUUGCAGCCGUCGUUUUGUUUGGAAACCCAUACUUCAGAGCUGGAUUGCCUCAGAAUAAAUGCGGCGGAAACACGGGGAUGGGAAAUGUAUCACGAUCGGGCGUGAGAAUGCCAUCAGAGCUGAGCGACCGAGUCUACGAUUGUUGUGCGCCCCGGGACAAAGUGUGUCAGAGCAUUGCGCAUGGAAGCAACCAACCCCAUGGUUCAUAUCCUGGCCGGCACGAAGACAAUGCAACCCAAUUCGUGAUCCAGAAGUUGAGGGCACGACUCUUCCGGCCGGCUGUUGUCGCUAAUCAUCCUCAACAUCCAUAGAAGACAAUCUCCCUCAAUCGAAAUCUCCUUUCUACUCG